AUGUCCUUUAACUCAUUCUUUUGCUGCCGCUGCUUCAGAAGAAGCCGUGUCAGGAUCAACAGCCCAAGCGAGCAGCCAGAGGAUUUGGAGCGCGGCGAGCCUCAGCAAGAGAACGACUUACAAAACAAUGAGAUCCCGGAAGAUGACGACCAGCAUGGUGAGCCUCAGCAGGAGAGCGAUUUGCAACAUAAUGAUGCUAGGCAACCAGAUAUUCAGCACAGCGACACCGAGCAAGACGUCCCUCAGCAAGACAGCGAUCCGAAACCACAUAUCGACGCUCUGUCUCAAUUCCCUCGAUACGAUGACGAUUAG